CUGAUUCGCCGCCAAGCACAUUGCGAAAGCCCUGGCAGAGCCUACUUGUGUGUCGCUUCCAAAUAUGCCGAACAUUAAGAUUUUUGGCGGAAAUUCUCAUCAACAACUGGCUAAGUUGAUUGCAGAACGACUGGGAAACGACCUGGGUAAAUGUGUGUUGAAAAAGUUCUCAAACAAGGAGACCAGUGUUGAAAUUGGUGAGUCAGUCCGAGGGGAAGAUGUCUUCAUCGUUCAAAGUGGUUGUGGCGACAUCAAUGAUAAUUUAAUGGAGCUGUUGAUUAUGAUCAAUGCGUGUAAGAUUGCAUCAGCACAGCGUGUCACAGCUGUUAUUCCAUGCUUUCCGUAUGCAAGACAGGACAAGAAAGAUAAGAGCCGUGCACCAAUUUCUGCUAAACUGGUGGCCAACAUGUUGUCAGUAGCUGGUGCAGAUCACAUUAUUACCAUGGAUCUUCAUGCGUCACAAAUACAGGGUUUCUUCGAUAUACCAGUGGACAAUUUGUAUGCUGAGCCUGCUGUGCUGAAAUGGAUCAGAGAGCACAUUUCUGACUGGGAACGUUCAGUGAUUGUGUCGCCCGAUGCAGGAGGAGCUAAAAGAGUGACGUCAAUCGCUGAUCACUUGAAUGUUGGCUUUGCCUUGAUUCAUAAAGAGCGAAAAGUUGCCAAUGAAGUGGCAAGCAUGGUUCUUGUGGGAGACGUCAAAGAUCGCACAGCAAUCCUUGUCGAUGAUAUGGCUGACACUUGUGGUACACUCACACUAGCAGCACAGAAAUUGCAAGAUGCUGGUGCAGCUAAAGUAUAUGCCAUCUUAACACAUGGCAUCUUUUCUGGCCCCGCCCUUAAGAGAAUUGAGGAGAGUGACCUUGAAGCUGUUGUGGUCACAAAUACCAUUCCACAGGAAAGCAAGAUGCAGAGUUGCCAAAAGAUCAAGUGCAUUGACAUCUCCAUGAUCCUUGCCGAGGCAAUUCGCAGGACACACAAUGGCGAAUCUGUGUCGUACCUAUUCACAAAUGUACCUCUUUAGAUAUCCAAGAUAUUUGUACAAAAGAGUAUAUGGUCAUUGUUACAUCAUGUACAUAACCAGAGAGUACUGAGACUGAUAUUAGUAGCUUAGCUAAAGAAUCAAGAGGAUUAUCUCUCUUGGUGGCUUAACACCAGUUCAACUGGAAUGACAAUUUGUUAACCUUAGCCUCACACUGAUAAGAGAUAUGGGGUGAUGAAUGGUCCUUCAAAAUCCAUGGGUUUUGCAAAAAUUUCGAUGAAUUUCACAAGUCUCGCAGUCUCGUUUGUUUUUAGCCAUUAUUUGCAUCUUGCAGUAUCAAUUUUUUUCACAAAGCUUUCUUGGAGUCAGUGUCUAAAUUUGUUUACAAAGCUAAGAAAGUCUCAAAGUCUGAUUUGUUUAUUUUUAUAAGUGACCUCUGAAUGUGAACAUCUCGCGCUCGCAUUUAAAUCAUUUUGAAAUCAUGGUCUCACAAUUUGAAAAGUCAAAAUGUUUCGGGCUUGCAAAGAGAAACGCUAAUCUUGCCUUCUCAAAAAGUCUCAUAUUUACCAUUCACCACCCCUUCUGCAAACAGAAGCGUGUGGCUAAGGUUUGUAAAGCUGGGUUAUCUGUGUCAUAGAUCAUAUAAUUUCGGUGAAAGUAUUUUGGUGAUCAGCCUAGUAACAUAUUAAACACCAGUGUCUGUUAUAAGGAGAUGGUCCUAGGCAGAGUUGUGCUUUAAGUCUUGACCAUUCUUUUAUCAUCGGAAGUAAUAUUAAUGUCACCAGUUAAGUCAUAGAAACGAAUCUAGGCAGUUACUUGGAAAUGAAAUUUUGAGUUUAGCUCAUAUAAGCAUCUUUUUGGUAUCUGCUCUGAUAGGGCUUAUAACUCCUUUGGAGCAGUUUUCAAUUGAGUGUUGAAAGUAAUCAGGCAGUUACUUUGGUUUUGGUUUUACUACGGUUUGAGAUUAGCUGAGUAGUCUAAUUGGUGAGUAAUUGGUUUGGUUUUGGUGUUACGACACUCAAUUCAAACCUGCUAUAACCAACUUCAAGUAAUUUCCAAGUAAUAGCCAGAUUGUGGGUGACAAAACACACAAAAAAAACCUACACUGCAUGUAGUAUGAUAGGUUAACUUGCAUUCAUCAGUCAAAAUUUGGUUUUAAGUCAGUUUUGUCAAGAUUAUUUGUCAUAAAAGCUAUCAGAUAUGCUAACUAAAGUAUUACUAAAAGGAUUCUCUAAAAUACAUUUUUAUGAAAAAUAGGUAUUGAUAACUUUUCCAGUGUUGACCAUGUCCAAAUAAACGCCGGGUCUUCAAA